UAGAAAAAUGAGUAAACCGCGAUUAUAUGAACAAAAAUACAGAGCAGUUUGGGAAAAAGAUCCUAUUUUGAAAGACUGGUUGGAACCAGUUACUGAUAACCUUAAAUUAGCUAGUUGCAAAUUUUGCAAAACAACAUUAAAUGCAAAAUUGUCGGAUCUGCAGAAGCACGCAAAUACAGAGAAGCAUAAAAUAAAUUCAGCACCAUUUUCUUCUAAUCGCCAGCGCAAGAUUGUUUUGAAAUCUGAUAAUUUCGAUUCGAAAAGGAAAGAGGCUUCGAUAUGCUUAUACUGUGCAGUUCACACGUCUUUGCGCUCAGUAGAUCAUUUGACUGAUCUUCAAAAUAAAUUGCAUAAGGACGAUCUUCAUCUACAUCGUACAAAAUGUGGAAAUAUUAUUAAAAAUGUUUUCGGUCCACAUUUUAAUGCUGAUCUUAUAUUAGACAUUGGCGAUAGUCCUUAUAGCUUCUUACUGGAUGAAUCUACAGAUAUUAGUGUUUCAAAACUUUUAGGUAUAGUAAUACGUUACUAUAGUAAAUCACGUAAAGAAUUUGUUUCAACAUAUCUUACUUUAAUUGAAGUGGAAAAUGGAUCAGCGGAAACAAUUACUAAUGCUGUUAAAAACGCUUUAACUAAUUUUAAGUUGCCAGUUAAGAAUUUAAAAGGUAUUGGAACUGACAAUGCGAGCACGAUGGUAGGUGUACACAAUGGAAUAUAUGAGAGAUUAAAAAGAGAAUUAAAUUUGCCUAAUUUGAUUUUGAUUAGGUGCGUGUGUCAUUCUAUCCAGCUCGCAGUGUCUGAAGCUUCCAAAAAAGCGUUGCCUAGGAAUAUAGAGUUUCUCAUUCGAGAAACUUACAAAUGGUUUUCAAAAUCUUCAAAUAGACGUCAUGAGUAUAAAACAAUUUAUAAAUUGAUCAACGAUGAUGAAUCUCCUUUACAAAUUCCUAAGAUGGCCAAUACACGUUGGUUAUCGAUCGAGCCAGCAGUGUCUCGAAUUCUAGAUCAGUGGGUAGAAUUAAAAACUCAUUUUCAAAUUGCUCGUUUAAAUGAGAACUGCUAUACAGCCGAAAUAUUAUUUGCCAUGUACAAUGAUUCUGUUAAUAAAGUUUAUCUGUCAUUUCUUUUGCCAAUUUUACAGUCAGUUCAAAGUGUAAUUAAGAGCUUUGAGUCUUCGGUCGCGGAUCCGACAAAACUUUUAAAUGAUCUUAAAAAUACAUAUGCAUCCAUUGUUAAGAUAAUUGUAAAUCCUAAUGCAAGAAUUGAUAUUUACAAAGAUAGAUUUGAAGAACAUUUGGACUCGAAUCCCUAUUUAGGUUUUUCUUUUUUGGAUGCUUGUCGUCAAGAGAAUAUUUCCGCUGAAAAUCAAAAUAUUAUCAAAGAGAGGUGCGUUUCUUUUGUAAAAUAUUUAGGAAUCGAAUUGCGUGAUCGUUUACCAGAUAAUAUUGGUGUUUUGGAGAAAAUUCGACUUUUUUCGUUGGAUGAAUGUUUGAAUAGAUUCAAACCAAGCAUCACUCACGUUGCAAAAAUGUUUUAUUCGAACAACAUCGAAGUGACGAAAAUAGAGCAUCAAUGGCAAAACUUGAAUUCUGUUAAUUGGACUGAUUUAAAGGAUACUUUAUCAUUUUGGUCAGAAGUAAAUUCUUAUACUGAUGCCUCUGGAUUAAAUCCUUUUCAGGAAUUAGGGGAGUUGGCCUUAACUUUGUUGGUGUUGCCUUUAUCAAAUGCAGACAUAGAACGUGUAUUUAGUCAGAUGAACUUAGUCAAAACUAAAUUAAGUAACAGAAUGCUACUUCCCAUGCUAAAUUCUAUCUUACAAAUAAGAUACGGACUGAAGCGUUUGAAAAUGUGUUGUCACAAUUAUCAAAUACCUCAUGCAGUUGUCCAGUUAAUAGGUACCAAAGAAUCUUAUUCAUCGAAUGCUGUGAAUUUUCAUGAAAUUGAAAUGAAUGGAGCAAUUGAAAUAUUGGAAUUGGAUGCAAUUGACGACAAUUAA